AUGGAUAGGGAAGCUUCCCCCAAAGCUGACGAUGACGAUAACCGGCUCCAGAUAAAGCAGCACCGCCAGCAGCAGCGCAACAAGCUCCACCAGGCGAUUGCGUCGCUCCGCCAGGAGUUCGGCCAGAAGGGACUGGUGUUUGUCCUGGGCCUCCCCCCAGAUACCACUCUCGAUGAGGUAGUCGAGCUUUUCGGCAAGUAUGGCCCGUUACAGCAAAAUACUCAACAUAAACGGCCACGGGUGAAAAUGUACUAUGAUCACGACCGGUUUAAGGGCGAGUGUACCGUGUUUUACGAUACUGUGGUCAGUGCUGCUCAAGCGAUCGAAUUGGCCGAUGGCACCACCGUCCGCGGCCAUACCAUCAAAGUGGAAGAAGCAAUCCAUCGGCAAAAGCCGGCAACGCCUCAAUUUGGCGGCCAGCCCCUGGCAGCGGCACCCUCGGCCGAGUUCGGUAAACCGAAAGUGGCGCUAUCGUACGAGGAAAAACUCGAGCUUGAACGGCGGAAACUACUGCUUAAAUCAACAUCACUCCGCAUUGAAAAUAUGUUCCGUCCGUUAGAGUUUGAUAGACAGCUUCAGGAGGAUAUUGAGGCCGAUAUCGUGGAAGAGUGCCACCGCCUUGGUGUCGAUAACGUCACCGUCGCCUUUGAUGGCACUGCUGUGACAGUUGCUACCCCCACUGCCCAUGACGCAACCACCGUGCUCAACAAAUUCCACGACCGGUGGUACGAUGGCCUUAAACUUUCCGUCUCCCGGAUUGCCCCCACUGACAAACAGGAUUAA